UUCUUCCCUGAUUUCGUUUUCUUUUUGCAUUGUUCAGUUGGUAGAAAAAUGGUGCAAUUACCGGAUGAGAUUCUAGAAAAGAUUCUUUGUCGAUUAUCUGUUAAAGAUCUGUUCCGUUUCAAAUGUGUAUCUAAAUCUUGGUUUACCCUAAUCAGUAGCCCCUAUUUUGUCAAAUUGCACCUGAACCGAUCAGUUCAAACCAAGAGCAACCUUAGCCUCUUCUUGAGGGAUUACCAUCUUUUUAGAGUUGAUUUUAAUUCACUCGAAGACUUCAAAGAAGAGGGCUUUCUUCGACCGGUGGAGAUUGAUUACUUAGCAUCGAGGUAUCCAUAUUAUGAAAUUUCGAUUUGUGGUUCUUGUGAUGGCUUGCUUUGCAUGUCAAUACAUGAUAUUAUGAAAAAUGUAUUUUUAUGGAAUCCAUCAACAAAAAAGUCUAUACAACUUCCUCUUCCUCCUCCUGUAUCUACUGCUGUAUCUACUGCUGACAAAUUAAACUCGUUUGUUUAUCGAUUUGGUUACGACAACACCAAUAAUGAUUAUAAGGUGGUGAAACUUAUGUUUUUUAAAAUAAGAGAAAGCAUUGAAGAUUAUGAGAUUAAGGUUUAUAGUUUGAAAUCUAAUUCCUGGCAUAUUCCAAAGAAGUUUCCUUAUUGUCCUAAGUUGAAGAGCAUUGGAGAUUCCAUAACAUGUGGAGCUAUGCACUGGAUCUCAAAAGUGGGAUCGGAAAAGAAAAGAUCAAUUGUUGCCUUUGAUCUUGGGACAGAGAUAUACAGAGUAAUUUCACUGCCCGAGUUAAGUGAUUCUUAUUACUAUUUAUAUUUGGAUAAUUUAGAAGGAUGUCUUUCGGCAACUUGUAGUUACCACUCAUCGAAUGUGGAUAUAUUUUUGCUUAAAGAAUAUGGUGGGAAGAAUGAACAUUGGUCGAAAUUGAUUACAAUUUCACAACCAUUAAUAUCUAUCGGGUCCUUUUACACUGUGAAAGCUAUUGCUUAUUCAAAAUGUGGUAAGAAAGUACUGUUUUUGAUGGAUUAUGAGAGACUUAUUUGGUAUAAUUUAGAAGAUAAAUCAGAUGAGGAAAUUAUGUUUCUUGGUAUAGAAGACUUAGAUGAAGUAUACACUUGCAUGGAAAGUAUUGUCUCUCUUGAUGUUCCAGAAGCUGUACCAGCUAACCCAAAUUUAAUAUAAAUUGUGAAAUUUGAAAUGGGUUUUUCUUAAUUCUUCAAAUUUUGGGUUUUGCAUUAACAAUUUCAUAUCAAAGUUGUUCAAGUUGCGAACUUUUGCAUUAGUAUUUAUUUUAUGUUUCUUUUCUUCUUAAUUUCUUGUUCAAGCUAAGAUUGUUCCUC